UUCACAGCACGGAAGAUGCCUGAGGCUGCAGUCCAGUUCUCUAAGAUCUAAGCUCAUUCCCUCUACAGGAUGGGUCCCUUCCCAGCCCUGCUGUUCUUGCUGGCACUAACAGGGCCCUGCAUGGCAGGAAAGGACCCAGAUAUGGUGAGAAGAGUGCAGGGAGAUACUUUCAUCACAGGGUGUCAAUACGACAAGACCAAGUAUUCCCAGACGGAGAAAUUCUGGUGCAAGGCGCUGUCAGACUUGGAAUGCAAUAUCCUAGCCCGGAGCUCCCCUGGAAGGAAUUACCAAAAUACUCCUCCAAAGGCAAAAAUCAGCCUAAAAGACUCAGGAACUGGCUGGAUUUCUGUGUCCAUGACGGAGCUCCGGAUAGAGGAUUCGGGAAUAUACUGGUGCGGGGUUUCCGAUAAUCUGAAGAUUAUUCCAUUGAUAAAGAUAAAACUGGCAGUGUCUUAUGAGGCUCCUGUCAGGCUAUCUGCAAAAAAAGGAAACUCCAUCUCCCUAACUUGUUCCUAUUUUGUAAUGGAUGACAGCAAGCAACCUAAAAAUUUCACCUGGUGCAAGAUGGUAACUGCAAUCAAGUGUCAACCUGUCAUCAGUGUCGAGUUCCAUCAGAUUGUUAAUACACAAGGAAGGACCAGGAUACAGAUUGAUUUGAGGAAACGAGAGAUUACCGUGACGCUGGUGGAGCUCCAGCUGCGUGACUCGGGGGAGUAUCAGUGUGAGGCCAACCUCCCGGGAAGUACCGAGCUACUGAAGAUGAUCGGACUGAAUGUUUUGGAAUCUUAUUAUGGGACGGAUGUUGUGGCUACAUCCCAUCUCACUGAUGACAAGGGGGCCACCCUCCCCACUGCAGCCAGGAACGAUGAGCAGAGCUGGAAUCCUGAGGCCAGAGUCAAUGCCCUCUAUAUCAUGGUGGCAUGGCUGGGAACUAAGUUCAUAGCCGCACUACUGAUCUUUACCAUCGCCUGCAGGAGGAGCAGCAGAGCCAUGGGGCAGGUGACCCACGGCAGGAACAAACACCAGCUCCUUCCACUCACAGAAUCAAAGAAAGGACAGGAAAGCUCUAGUAAGACAAAGAUGUGGUGAAAGGAGGAAGAGAAAGAGGCCAAGAAAAAGAAUUCCAAGAGAGUAUUUCCAGCCACACCCCCAACUCCUCCAGCAUGGAUACACAUACCUGCAAAGAUGCUCUCACAGACAUUCACAGCUGUAAACACUCACAUGCUUCAAAUGAGAAAGUUCUGCUCAGUUUUUCCACUGUCCCCAACCAUAACAGAUAAACCAGAGCUGCUCUACACAUGGCCCGUGAGCCACAUGCGGCCCAUGGCCCAUUUGUUUGCAGCCUGAGGUGCAGUUUGGGUUUACACAGGAGCUCAACACACUCCACAAUGGCAAAGCGUCUCCCAGGCAGGGUGAGCAUUGAAAGACGCGAGAGGACGGCCUGGCUGAAACAGACAGGUACAGGGUGUUGGCGUUUCUAGCUUCCAGGGAGGUGGUGCGGGAAGCUCAGAGGCAUUGUGAGAAGUGCUUUGUAUUCAUGCCUGUCAGUGUAAAAGAAGCUAUUUACAUAUAUAUUUGCAUGGAUAUGCAACCACAUUUAAGUUGUGGCCCUUGGCAUGUGCUGUGAGUAUCAUUGUGGCCCAUGGGGCUUCCAAAGUUGAGUAGCCUUGGGAUAAAUCCUUACUAACUAAGCCACGUUUUGCCUGCAAACCUAAUGGAAAAUGCCAAGGUGCAAAAGGAGCUAAGGACAGUAUUUGGCAAUGCACAUUCCUAAUUCCCAAGAGAGUCUUGGAGUAUUGUAUUAGAGGCAGUGUCUACACUGGGACGGUUUGGUGACAAAAGUGCUGUCGACAUGCAAAAGUCGCUAAAAGUGAAAACCGGUUAAACCAGUUUUUCUGCCUCCCAUUGUCAACAGUGGAUGGCCACAUGCCUGAAAACAGAUAAGAGCAAAGCAAUGAGGUGAGUGUUGUGGGAAGGCAGAGCUGAUCCCUGCAUGUCUUGGGUAGCUUUGUUAGUUCUCCAAGCUGAGGAAUGUCAAAGCAGCACAGCCGUCUCUCCAGCCCUCCCCCUGCAGCAGCAAU